CCUUCUCCCUUCCCCCUCCUCCCCGCUCAUGGCAGGUGCUCCCACGCAACUAGACCUCCCGCUUCAUGUUGCAGAGCACUGCAAGCACAAAGCGGCCAUGGAGAACCUGGUGUCGGCACAGAAGCUCCUGGAGGCGGAGGAGCUGGAGUUGGCCAAGGUGGCCGUACUGCUCCUGUAUCAUACCUCCAUGAGCAGCAAAAGCCCUAGGGACUGGAAUGAGUUUGACUACAAGAUCCAGGUCGAGCUGGCGACAAUCCUCAAAUUUGUGUUGGACAAUGAGGAGAGCCUGAAUGAGAACCUGGAGGCGUUCCUGCAGAGGAAAGUGCCACUGUCCUCAUCCAGCACGAGCUCUGAGGAGCAUUCCCCGGUGUUCUCCCACCCACACAAGCGGGAGGUGCGUUUCCUGGAGCUGCAGAAGAUCGCCUCUUCCUCCGGUGUGAACAACAUCCUCCCCGGUGCGCCCUCCUCGCCCGUGGGGGACAUCAUGCAGACGCCUCAGUUCCAGCUGAGACGGCUGAAGAAGCAGCUGGCUGUUGAGAGAGAGAACCGGGACGAGCUGGAGAUGGAGCUGGCAGAGAACCGCAAGCUCAUCACAGAGAAGGAGGCUCAGAUCACCAUGAUGCAGCAGCGGAUUGACCGCUUGACUCUGCUCAACGAGAGGCAAGCUGCGGACCAGCUGGAGCCCAAAGAAGUGGAGGAGCUGAGGGAGAAGAACGAGAGCCUGAUGAUACGCUUACAUGAGGCCCUAAAACAGUGUCAGGAUCUGAAGACUGAAAAAGGCCAGAUGGACCGAAAAAUCAACCAGCUCUCAGAGGAGAAUGGGGAUCUUUCGUUCAAGCUGCGGGAGAUUGCCAGCCACUUGGUCCAGCUCCAAGAAGCCCUAAAUGAGCUCUCCGAGGAGCACAGUGCAGCCCUGAGGCAGUCGCAAGAAAAGCAGACGCAGCUGGAGAGCGAGCUGCGUACGGCCCUGCAAGAGAAGAAAUGCUUGGAAGAGAAGAUUGAGAUUCUCCAGGGGAAGAUUUCUCUGCUGGAGGACCAGCUGGCAAAGCUGAGGGACUGCAACACCCAGGAGAAAGGGGAGGUCAUGGGUGAUGUCCUCAAGCUUGAAGAGCUAAAGCAGGAGGUGUCCAGCCUCACUGCUAAAGUCAUUGAGCUCCAAGCCACCAUCCUGCAGCUAGAAGAAGAAAAGAGCCUGCGAGAGGCAAACCUGCAGUCCGAGCGGAGCCGCUUUGAGGAAGAGAAGCUCCAGCUCAGCAGCCUCAUCACCAGCCUCCAGAGCUCUGUCUCUGAGAUCCACCUGGCCAAGGAGAAGCUGGAGCAGGACUUGCGGGCGCAGGAGGCGCGCCUGACGGCCCAGGUGAACACCCUCACAGCGGAGAUCGGCAAGCUCAACGGCUUCCUUCUCCAGAAGGAGCAAGAGCUGGUGAUGCUGCAGCAACAGGUGGAGGAGGAGCGGGCCCAGAAGGGCCGGCUGACAGAGGACCUCCACAACCAAGAGCAGGCGUCCCAGGAGACCAUCAAGGGGCUGAGCCUCCAGGUGGACCAGCUCAGCAGCACCCUGAAGCACAGCGAGCAGAAGCUGGUGCAGGUCACUCAGGAGAUGGAGGCGACGUGUGAGGGGGAGGCCAGGCAGCUGGCCGCCCUCAGAGCUGAGCACGAGAAAGCUGUCCAGGAAAGAGACUCGGCUCUGCAACAGCUACAGCGUUUCCAGCAGGCAAAUGAAGCGGAGCUGGCAGCCCUGAGCAGCCAGCUACAGACCUUGGAGAAGGCCAGAGAUGCCAGCCAAGCCACAUCUGUGCAAAUGCAGAAAGAGAAGGCUGAAUUGCACCAGAAGGUUCAAGAGUUGGAAAACAGGAUCCUUGAGCUCACUGCCCAGUGCCAGCAGAGCACGGCCCAAGUGGGAACGGCUGAGACACUGAAAACCCAGCUUCGAGACCUUGAGAAUAAACUGAAAGAAAGUCAGCAGAAGCUGGCAGAUAAGGAGAAGUUGGCCAAGGAGAACUCCCGCCUGCAGGAGCGGCUGCUGUUCCUGGAGGAGUCUGUGCGAAACACGGAGGGGAUCCUGGAGGACGAGAAGAGGAGGGCAUCAGAGAGCCUCGAGGGGAAUCUCGCCAGGAUUGCAGAGCUAGAGUCAGAGAAACAGCAGCUUGUGCAGCGCCGAGACCAGGCUCUCCAGGAGAAAGUUGAGGAGCAGGCAAAGAGACAGACCCUUGAGAUGCAGCUGCAGCAACUGGGAGAGGAGUACAGGGAGAAGACCAAGGUGCUGCAGAGUCAGCUGGCAGAAGCUGCUAAAGGGGAGGAAGGAGAGCGUGGGAAACUGGAGGAGAAGGUGAGGGUCCUGAGCAGGGAUCACGCCCAGACCUGCCAGCGGCUGCAGGCUGAGCAGGAGAAAGCGGCUGGGCUGGGAGCACAGAUGAAAUGCCUGGCCACCGAGCAUCAGGAAAGGCUGGCCGUGCUCCAGGCAGACUUGUCAGGUGCCCAGGCACAGGCAAAGGAGACAGAACGCAAAGAGCAAAAGCUAAGGGCAGAAGUCUCUUCUCUGCAGGAGAAGAUUGCAACCUCUGACCAAGCGGCGGCCAAGUGCAGAGCUCAGCUGGAGGCAGAUGUGCGGAAAGCAACCGAGAUGCUCAAGGGAGUCUCCAAGGAGUUGUCCGAUGAGAAGCUGAAGUCUAAGGAGCUCGAAGCUGCAGUCAAACGCCUUGGGGAGCAGGAGAGCGAGAGGCUGACGAGUGUGGAAGCCAACCUCUCUCGCACCACCGUUCUCAUGAGGGAGCGAGAGCUGGAAGUGGAGAGACUCUCUGGUGAGGUGACUCUGCUGAGUGCCAGGCUGGAAGAAACGCUGCAGAAACACAAGCAGGAACUUGCGCAUCGGGACGAGGAAGCGAAGUGCCUGCAGAAGGAGGUGGAGCAAGCCAAGGCGGACUGCGCCGCGGAGAAAGCCCGCAAGGCAGAGCUGGAGGUGCAGCUGCAGAACUCCAUCAACGAGCAGAGGGUUGAGCGGUCUGUGCACCAGGAGGAGCUGGCUCGGUCCCUGGAGCUCAUCGAGGAGAAAGAGGGGGAGCUGGAUGAGCUCCGUCUGAAAAACGUCUCACGGGGCGAGGAGCUGAGAGAUCUGCAGAAGACUGUCAGUAAGCUGAAAGGAGAACUCGCUUCGGUAGAGGCCGUGAAAGAGCGGGCAUCAAAGAUGGAUAAUGAGCUGCAAGGCUUCCUGGAGGCUGCCAGGACCCGAGAUGUGGAGAUGGACAGCAUCAAGGCAGUUUACUCAAAGGAGAUGUCCCUCAAAAGCUUGGAGGAGAAGAUCCGUCACAGAGAGCAGGAAUCCAGCUCAAGCCAAGACCUUUACCAGGAGAAGCUAAAAGAGACUCAGAUGCUUAAUUUACAAGUGGAGAAGCUAGAGCAGAAAUGCAGGGAACAGCAAGACACUAUUGCUGUCUUAGAGAAAGCAGCAGCUGGAGCCAAGGCUGCUGAGCACGAGCAAGCAGAGCUGGAGGCCUUGAGGAGGGAAGUGGCUCAGCAGAAGGAGAAGGCGUUGGAGCUGCAGAAGCUGCUAGAGGCCUCAAGAUCAGCACAAGCUCUGCAAGAUGGCGCCAUAGACACCCUGAAAAAAGAGCUGCAGGACAAGGGUAAAGAGCUGAUGCAGAGUAAAAAUGCCAUUGCUGCUGCAGAGAAGGAUCUGGCAUCCCUCCGCUCUUCAGCUCAGGAAAAGGGCAGGUCGGAGGAGAGCUGGAAAGAACAAGUGGCCCAAUGCAUCCAGGAGAUGGAGAGGAAGAACAGCCUGAUUGGCAGCCUGGAGCAUGAAGUGUCCAUCCUUCACCGGCAAGUCACAGAGAAGGAGGGGGAGAGCAAGGAGCUGAAGCGCCUGAUUGUCGCUGAGUCAGAGAAGAGCAAGAAGCUGGAAGAGAGGCUGCGGAUGCUCCAGACAGAAAUGGCCACGGCAGCCUCGCGGGCGGCUGAGAGAUGCUCGCUCAUGAAGGUGGAGGUGCAGCGCUGCCAGGAGGAGAUGGAGAAGCAGCGGCUGACCAUUGAGGCCCUGAAGAGGGAGCGCCACUGCCAGAGCGAACGCGAGGAAGAGCUCCGUCAGGAGGUGAAGGUCUGCCAGGACAAAUACUUCCAGAAGGAGCAGCUUCUCUCCUCUCUGCAGCAGGAGCUCAGCAAAGCCCAAGCCCUCGCUGGGGAGCUGAUACCACUGAAGCACCUGUACCAGCAGCUGCAGGCGGAGCGCGCCUCCCUGGAGAGCAAGCACCGCGACGACCUGGAGCAGCGGGUGAAAGCCGUCGGCACUCUGCAAGCAGAGCUGGCCAGAGCCAAGCUGGAAACGGCAGAGCUGCCCGCCCUGAGAGAGAAGUCCUUGGAGCAGGACCGGGCGAUCCAGAGGCUGCAGAAGGAGAAGGCUGACUACGUGGAGCGACUCGCUGGGCUCCAGCAGGCCAAUGCCAGGCUGUCCGAAGAGAACCGAGGGCUCAGCGAGACCUCCAGCCACGGGCAGCAGCGCUUCGACGCUGAGCUCAGCCAGGUGCGGGAGAAGCACGCUCGAGAGCUGGAGCGCCUCCGGCUGGAGUCAGAGAAGCUCGUGGCGGGCAGCAGGCAGGAGGCUGACGAAGCUGCGAAGAAGCUGGAGGUGAUGAGCAAUAAGUACGAGAGCACCAAGGUCAAGGUGCUGGAGGAGAGGCAGAAGUUCCAGGAGGAGAGGCAGAAGCUGGUGGCUCAGGUGGAGCAGCUAGAGGUAUUUCAGAAAGAACAAGCUAAGCAGGUAACGCAUGCGAAGUGCCGGCUGCUUAAACGGUGGCGCCAGCAGCAGAUGGUGGCCGAGCUGCAGGAGCAGCUCACCCAGAAGGAGCAGGCGGCCGAGCACUACAAAGCGCAGAUGGAGAAGGCAAAAACUUACUAUGACGCAAAGAAGCAGCAGAACCAGGACCUAGUGGAGAAGCUGAAGGCCAUGGAGCAGCUGCAGAAGGAGAACACAGAGCUCAAGGUGGAGUCGGAGAGGUUGGCCAAGGAGCUGCAGCAGAGCGUCCUGCAGGCCAAGGAGUCGGAGCUGAGCUGCAGGAACCUCACCAGCCAGGUCCGCAGCCUGGAGGCCCAGAGCCGGGAGCCCUUCCGGCAGAACCCAGCCGACCUCAGCACCGACAGCCUGGAGCUGAGCAUCGAUGAAGCGCAGCCUCUCAACUCCACCAGGAAGCCCAGCCGCUCGCAGUCGGAAGCCUCGGCCGCGCCAGGCGGCGUGGAGUCGCCGGCGUCCCGGCAGCUGCCUCGCAAGGUGGAGUCCCUGGAGAGCCUCUACUUCACCCCCAUCCCAAGCCGCGCGCAGGCGAAGCUGGAGAGCAGCGCCAGCUCCCUGGGCGAUCUGUCGCUGGACUCCGGCUGCAAGACCCGCUCGGCGCGGCGCCGUACCACGCAGAUAAUCAACAUCACCAUGACUAAAAAACAGGCCAAGGUAGAGGAACCGGACAGCGCCAACACGUCCUUCUGCAGCAUCCCACCAGCUCAGCCCCCGAAAGCUGCCCCUGGAAAGGGCAGGCUGCGCUCGGCCACCUCCACCCGCUCCCUCGCCAGCUUCCCCUCUCAGGAAUCCCUCGUCAAGCUGGAAACCUCCUCCCCGCAAGAGACCCCAGGCAACUCGGCGCUGAUGAGCCUCCCCGGCUACCGG